GAUACAUUUACAGCUAAUUUCAGUAUGAGUUCACAUAUGCAAUGAUAGUUUACGAUACGAAUUUUGUAACCAUCAAUCCGGCAAAAACUUUUGUAUUGUAACAACGAAUUUAUGAGUUUUAGUGUAUAUCAUGCAUAUUAUUCAUAUUUUUAGUGUAACAAUUUUAAGUGAUAGUCGAUCAUAAAACGACCUUUGUGAAGGCUCAGUGUGCAUGCGCUACGUGCACUUGAUCAAGAAAGUGGUGUUGCUUUACCUAAGGCAUAUGACGGAUAUUAGAAAUUUUCUUUUUAAAUUAAGUACAAAUUGUCAGCAAGAACUGGCCAGAUGAAGAUAAUGUCAGAUGAUGAUGCUGCAUUGGAUUCAAUGGAUACAGAAGAGGAUAUUUUUUCUCCAAGAAAAGCCUGCAGUAGUUUGGGCUCUAAUGCCAGAAGGGUUAAAAGUUUACGUACUUUACGAUCACAUUCAAAUUCUACUUCUCAUAUAUCUAUGAAUAACUUAAGUGUGCGUCGUAGUACACGUCAUAGAAUGCAAACAUAUGAUAAUCUUAAUACUAGUUGGAUUUUAGGUACACAAACAUUGAAAGGUUAUCCUAUGUUUCAACAACAUGGUUCUUCAUCUGAUAAAGAAAUGGUGGAUGAAGUUCCUGAAAGAAAACGUGAUGUUAGGGAACGUAUGCCUCUUAGGUCACGUGAAAAUCAUCCUCCAAACAAAAAUUCAUCUAGACAUAUUAGAGAAAGAACAGAACAUGACAGACAAAAUAAUAGAGAACUUAGGGGAAGAGGUGAUCGUGAUCUUAGAGAAAAAACAGAACAAGAGAAAGAUAUUAGAGAUCUUAAAGAAAGAACAGAGAGAGAACAUAAAGAUAAAAUAGAAACCAGAAGUAAGUCUAAUGAAGAAAAAGAUGCAAGAACAAGAAAAUCUGAUAGCCCAAAUAGGCUUAGAGAAGGACCUGCUACAAGACUUGGUGGAAAUUUAAGUGAAAAAGAUGUAAAAUCUAAAGUAGAACGUGUGGAAGCUGAUGAAGACAGUUCACAAGAAAGUGAAAAGGCAGAAAAUAAUUCUGAAAAUGAAGAUGGUUACGAAGAUAUGUAUACUCGUAUUAAACGGACUAGGAGAACAGCACAACGGCAAUUACCAAGGGGUAAGAAGCUUACAGUUGAUAGUGAUUUAAGUGAAUCUUCCGACUCUCCUGGUCCUAGAAAGUACAGUUUACGUCAGAAAAAACCAGCUGUAGAUAGAUUUCAAGCUAAUGUAGAACCGGUUCGCCGAUCUAUAAAAGCACUUAGAAGUGUUCUUAGUAAUUCCAUGAGGAGGCGUAAACAUAGAAGCAAAAGUACAAGUUCUAGUGAUUCCAGUGAUUCAGAACCUCAACGUUAUGAUAAGAAAAAAAGUAAAAAAGCAAGGCAAUCAGCAAUACCUCAAGGUGGACCACCUGAUCGCAAAGCAGAUAUAAAUCCAAUUACUUUAGAUACCAAUAUUAGAUUCAAUGAUGUUGGAGGUUUAGAAUCGCAUAUUCACUGCCUUAAAGAAAUGGUAGUUUUUCCUAUGAUGUAUCCAGAUAUUUUUGAACGUUUUCACGUUAUCCCACCAAAAGGAGUAUUAUUUCAUGGUCCACCAGGAACUGGUAAAACAUUAAUAGCUAGAGCAUUGGCAAAUGAAUGUAGUCAAGGCAGUAAGAAAAUGUCAUUCUUUAUGAGAAAGGGUGCAGAUUGUCUAUCCAAAUGGGUCGGAGAAUCUGAACGUCAGUUGCGAUUAUUGUUUGAGCAGGCUCAACAAAUGAAACCGUCCAUAAUAUUUUUUGAUGAAAUAGAUGGCCUUGCACCUGUUCGAAGUACGAAACAGGACCAAAUCCAUGCUAGUAUCGUAUCUACCCUUUUAGCGCUUAUGGAUGGACUCAGUGAUAGAGGAGAGGUAAUAGUUAUUGGAGCUACAAACAGAAUAGAUGCUAUUGAUCCAGCAUUACGUAGACCAGGUCGUUUUGAUCGAGAAUUGUUUUUUCCAUUACCUGCUAUGAAAGAAAGAUUAGAAAUAUUAAAAAUUCACGUCAGCAAAUGGAAAAAUCCUCCAUCUGAUCAAUUAUUAGAGAUAUUAGCUGAAAAAGCAACAGGUUAUUGUGGUUCAGACUUAAGAGCAUUGUGCACAGAAGCAGUUUUGCAAGGAUUGCGAAGAACUUAUCCUCAAAUAUAUAUGACAAAUAAUAGAUUACUUUUAGAUCCUGAACGAGUUGAAGUGAAAAAACGAGAUUUUUUGCAAGCUAGUUCUAUUCUUGUACCAUCAUCACAAAGAGUAUCUCCUUGUGCUCGAAGAAAAUUAAAACCUUUCAUGGAACCAUUAUUAGGACCUUUGUUGGAAGAAUUACUCAAUUCAAUAAAAGGAAUAUUUCCUCAAGGAAUUAAUCCUGCCAUGGCAAAAGUGAAAAUUACCAAAGGAAUACAUCGUCCAAGACUAUUAAUUUCUGGUGGAAAUUUAUCUGAAGGACAAGGGCCACAUUUAGCACAAGCAUUAUUAUAUCAUAUGGAACAUCUGCCAGUUCAAACAUUAGAUGUUAGUACUCUUUUUGCAGAAAGUGGACGAUCUCCCGAAGAAACCUGUGUACAGGUAUUUAAUGAAGCUGCCAGAAAUGUACCGUCCAUAAUUUAUAUUCGGUCAAUUGAUCAAUGGUGGCCACUUGUACCUGAAACUGUAAAAGCAGUUUUUUUGUGUCGUAUUGCAGCACUUGAUCCUUCAUUGCCUAUUUUAAUUUUAGCUACAAGUGAUAGAACAUAUCAAGAUCUUCCUAUUCAACUUCAAAGUCUAUUUAGUGAAUUACGAAAUGAAGUUUAUUCUAUGAAAACGCCAACAAAAGAUCAAAGAUCUAAAUUCUUCCGACCUAUUUUCAUGAUUCAAAGCCUAAAACUACCAAAAAUAAAAGAUGAUAAAAUAGAAGUUUUAGAAGAGCUUCCUUUAGCACCAGAUCCUUUACCAAAGAAAUUAACAGAAGAAGAAAAAAAAAUAAUAUACGAAAAAGAAGAAAUUUCAUUAAGAGAAUUGAGAAUUUUCUUGAGAGAAAUUUGUGCAAAACUUGCAAGGAAUAGACAAUUUUUCAUGUUUACAAAACCAGUGGAUACAGAAGAAGUACCAGAUUAUAAUAUGAUAAUAAAACAACCUAUGGAUUUAGAAACCAUGAUGACAAAGAUUGAUAUGCACUGUUAUCUUUGUGCUCGAGAUUUUCUUGAUGAUAUCGAUCUCAUUUGUAAAAAUGCUUUAGAAUAUAAUCCUGACAGAGACCCAGCUGACAAAUUAAUAAGGCAUCGUGCAUGUUCCCUUCGUGAUAAUGCAUAUGCGUUAAUAAAAGCAGAAUUGGAUUCUGAUUUUGAGGAUAAAUGUCGUGAGAUUUCAAAGAAUCGUAGAAUUAUUGAAAAUGCGGCUAGCAAUGAGGUGGAAGAUAAAAGCCAAUCUAAAAUAGAAUCUACAUCUGCUUCUGAACGAAUAGAUGUAAAAAAAGACAAUGCGAGUCCUAGUCAUUCCCUGAUUGUAAAUGGAAGAAGAUAUAAUAAUUCUAGAAAACGUCGAAUACCAGCUUGGGCAAGAGGCUAUGUGAAAAAAGUUCAUAAGAAGAAGAAAAUCGCAUUUGAAGAAAAUGUAACUGUAUCUGAUAACAAGAUUUGUUUAACUAAUGAAACAACAAGUAUAGAUUUAGAAAAAUUCCAAGAAUUUGAAACCGAAGCAAACAGUGUUUUAAAUGGUCAUGUACCUUUGUUUGAUAAUUCUGAUUCUGAGAAUGAUUCACAAAAUGAAAGUUCGAAAGAUAUGCAAGGUAUUCAAAGCAAUAAUAUUACUGAUCAGCAUAUUGAUGAAAUUGAAAAUAUGGAAAUAUGUUUUAUGGAAGAAGAAAAGAAUGCAGAAAAUAGUGCAUCUAAUUCAUCAUCCAGACGAGAAAGUAUAGAUGAAUUAUCAUUUGCUAUUGAGAGUGAUUCUAGUCCAGCCAGAUUUGAAGAAAAUGAGAAACUUGUAGUAGAUAAAAAUGAAUUAGAAAAUGCAUGGCAAAUCACUGUUGAAGUUACGAAAGAUUUUCCUGUUGAAGUAUUAUGUGACAUUUAUGUACAACUGAGUCGAUGUGUAGGAAAAUAUGCUCAGAAUUAUGAUAGAAAAUCACUGCCAAAGGACUUGCUCAAGGAAGUGAAAAGAUUUGAAGAAUUCAAGACAACAUAUGAAAAAGUUCAUCAUGUCGCUAAUCAGACCGACAUGUUAUAAGUCAUACUAUUUUUAGUAUCAUUAUAAAAAAUUUUUUGUACAUUUACACUAAACAAAGAUUAUUAAUUAGUGUUAAAUCACAUGAUGAUUUAAAAUAGUAUGUUUUUUUUUGUUUUAUUGCAUAAAGUUUAAAGAACGGGUAAUUAUUAUUCUACAAAUAUAAAUGAAAGAUAUGAAGGAAAACCGAAAUAAUAAUACAUUUAAAUUUCGGUUUUUAAAGAUAUGGUGAAAUAUAAUUGUACGUUCAUAUAACAAGAAAAAAAAUUAUUGUUGUAUGUGAAACUAAGAGAAAACGAUUUAAAACAUUUAUCUCAGUAUCUAAAUAUAAAAUGAUAAAUUAUUAUAACUAUAUUGGCUUUCAUUAUCUAAUUAUUAGUAGCUGAGAUGAAAUAUCUCUUAGUAACAAAUUUUGAUAUCAAAUUUAGAUAUUUCAAUAAUUAUAUGUGAGUUGCAAUUAAUUAUUUGCUGUUAUUACCAUUUUCAAAAAAAUUGAUUUAAAAAGUCAGAGAUAAGAAAUUGGUUAGAAGAUGACAAACAAUUUGUUUUCUUUAUAAAUUAUAUAAAAAAUUUAUAAAUAUAAUUUUAAUGGGGUACUUGUGAAAUAAUUUUUGCGUUUUUGUGUAUAGCACUUUAUGCCUCAAAAAGGUAUUCAUAAUAACAAAAUUUUGCAAAUAAUGGUUAUACAAAGAUGAUGGUAAUUUAAUACAAUAUGUACUUAACUAUAGUUUUUUACAUGUGGUACUUGGCAGUAUAUUAUAUCAAGUUAUUUUAUUGUAUAUGAAUAUACUAAGAUCAUGAUAAACCUUGAUAAAAUAUAUUAUAGAUUCAUUAUAUGCGCCAGUUAUUACUUUGGAUUUUUACAGUUCUUUAGGUAAUUUUUAUAAAGUACUUUAAAAAUAGACAUAUCUUGAUACACAUGGUUCCAUUAUGCAUAUGAAAUCACAUGUGCCCUAUUUUUAAAAAAGAAAUCAUUUAAUGAAAUAAUACUCACACACAACAUAAAAAUAUAUAAGUUUUAAAUUCGUAUAAUAUCAACAACUUUGUG